CUGUAAAAAAAUAUCAUACAGAGUAUCGAAAUGGGGAAAAUGUAACCUGUCCACCAAGUCACAAUAAACAAAUCAUCCACCCCUCUCCCCUCCCGUCAAAAGGUUCAUGAUCUUUACCUGUCACUGCACAGGAGCCGAACGAAGUAACGAAGCUGACCGAAGUUCAUCAUCGUUCUAGUAAACUGAGCAUCGUACACAUCGUUCUUAGCGACAUGCUGCAUGUCAACAACUUAUCGCGGAGCUUGUGGCUUUUGGGUUUGACUGUGAUAUUUACUGUUCUGGAGUCAACUGCACGGGGCUGCACAGUGAAUCAGUACAAGAGAGUCUCUGGUGGAAAGGUUACAUGUAUUGAUUGUCCUCUAUGCCCAGCUGGUUAUGGCCUAAGAUAUCAAUGUGGUACAACCUUACCAGACCAUGGUAAAAUAAAGUGUGAUCCAUGCAUUAAAGGAGUGAAUUACUCGAUAGAAUAUAACCAUGAACAAUGCAAACCAUGCUCUGCAUAUUGCUCUGAUGAUCAAGUUACAACAUGUACAACAGAUAGCAAACCUAUAUGCCAACCCCAGUGUAAAAGUAAAGAAAACUACUAUCAAAACAGUUCUAAUGACUGCCAGAAAUGCUCACGGUGUUGUGGUGAUAGAAAUGAUGUUGUAGAAAAUGAAUGUAUAAAGAAAGGCAUGCCACUUGAGCAAAGAUGCAGCAUUCACAGAAAGAAGAAGUGUACUCCAACUCUGGGUACUGGAACUCCAAAUGUGACACAAACAAACUCCUCUGUUUCUACCACAAGUACCAUUGUAUAUAGUAGUACAACUCAGAAGCCCAUUGGACCGACUGAUUCAAAGAAUAAAAAGGAAGAUAGUGAAGGAAAUACUAUCUUGUAUGUGGGAAUUGGUCUUCUUGUUGUUGUCAGUGUUCUGAUAAUGGUGGUAAUUUGCUUUAUGAGAAACCCAUGCAUGCGCUGGUACAAUUGUAGAUUCAAACGUGAUGGUGAGGAUCAAAGAGUAUGUUUUGUCAAUCUUCCAAAUCACCUUGUCAAUGGUGCAGAUACUCCAAUUUUUGAUUGGUUCAAAAAGGGAGAUAUAAGGCGUGUUAAAGAGAAAAUUUGUACCAUGCUUGAUACUCAGAAGUCAUUUGCUAAAGUCGCUAGGCAAUUCAAUAUGGAUGAGGAUGAGAUCAAAUUGUUGAUUGAAAGGCCAGGGAAUCACCCAACUGAAGUUGUUCUAGAAUACGUGGAGUGCAGUUACGAUCCCAACCUAACAGUUUCAGACUUUAUAAAGUGCACUGAUGCCAUUCACAGAAAAGAUGUCUCAAAAGUAUUGAAAAGAGCACUAUAUGAUUAUACCAACACUACAUCACAGGCUCCCACACCACAAGACUCUUUAUCUCAGGCAACCACAUCUCAAGCAGCCACAUCUCAAGCAAGCACAUUGCAGGCCACCACAUCUCAAGCAGCCACAUCUCAGGAUAACCCAUCACAGGCCAUUGCAUUGCAAGUUGCCACAUCACAGGUUUAACGUUGCAAGAAGAUGAGAUUAUCAUUCUCUGAAAGUGUAUGUGUUUGUCAUAAAUCAAGCAUGUAGUUGAUGACGACAAAAUAGCAUUUUUAAUCAUUUUUUAAAAGCACUUUUUGAUAAUAGUUGGUGUUUAUAGUUGAACAGAAAAAAUGAAUGCAUUCAAAAGUGAUUAUUGGGUAUGAUACAGUAGAAACCUGCAUAUAAGAACCUGAAAAUUAAGAACCUGCUAGCCUUAAAUAUGGGUUUUAAACACCCUAUAUAAACAACAACCUAUUUAGCCUUAAUUUGGCAUCCUGUGUUAUAUCCGGAAUUUCUGUGUAAUUAGACAGAAAUUCCGGAUGUAACACAGGCUUUAAUUUGAAAAAAGGUUCAUUUAGUCAUAAUACAGCUGCAGAGCAAGAUUCACAUUUGAAGGAAAAGCAGAUUCUCAUUACUGUAAAAAUGAGUUUUUAUGAAUGAUUUUUGGUGGGGGUGGGGGUGGGGGUCAAGAAACAGGACAUAGGCAAAUAACCAUCUUGUUUUGAAGCGAAGUCAUAUUUGCUUUAAGUAGCCUUAAAAUUGUGUUAAUUACCAUUUAUAAAAUAACCUGUUUAGGCUACUUCUCUAAAAUGUAGACUGUUCUUAUAUGCGGGUUUCUACUGUUUCAGUGACAAAAUUGGGAUUUCCAAGUUAUAUUUUAGGAAGGAUUAAACCUAGUGUCUGUACUAAAUGAAUUUAAUUUUUAUAAAAGAUAAUAAUUACAAACAAUAAGGUAUAUUAGUGGUGUUAAAAACCUAGGCUGAUCUAUUGGAUUAAGUCCUGCAGGGCCUGUGACUUGCUGACAUAAAAUCAGGUGAUUAUGAUGAUAUUAAUAAUGUGCUAUUAGAUGAUAACCGGAAUAAUCAUGUUACAGAAAUAAUAUCUUAAUAUGCAAUAAUUGUAAAGUAAAUCAGAUUAAUUAACUCUUGCAGUAAUAUUUAGAAAGCUAAAGAUAUAUUGAUUAUAUAACAAUUAAUAAAUAACCGUAGCUGGUUGGACGAAAGGGAAUUAACAUUGUCAAGUGGAUAUCCAGUGAAUAAGUUAGAAUUUCCACAAAAUCUAUUAAGACAGAGUAUGAUUUUAUCUGGUGGAUAAAUCAACACAACUGGAAUUUAAGUAUAUAUUUAUAUACAUGACAACAGCAUGCUAUAUGAAAGUUAAAUGCUUGCAGAAAAUGCACUAAUUUAUUGCRAUAAAGUCUAAUGCUAUUUAAUGGUGUAAAAUGUCUUUAAGAUAUUAUUUGUUUUUAUUAAGUAAUAUUUUUGUCACAUAAUUUCACGAUUGUUUUCCCCAGAAAUCAAGAAUCCAUUUAAUAUAACUAACCAGUUGCUUAUAAUAUAAUAUAAACUCUAAUUUAAGUGUGAUCUAAACUAGGGUUUCUCUUUGCUUCCAGUAAGUUGAAAGAGCACUUUAUUAGAAUGAGUAAGAUCUGAAAUUUUCAGUUUUGUAACUUCUUAUGGACCGAAAUUUGAUGUUGCAAAGAUUUGAGUACAUGUCGUAGAAUGUUUAUACUUUGUUUAUAUUUUUAGGUGCAUAUGUGAUAUGUUCAUAUAGUUCUAAUAACUCAAGUGAUUUUAGAACAAUCUUUCAUAUUGUGAAAAAAGAUUUUUGAAGAAAACAUGGGGCAUUCCUGCCAUUUGAAAUGCCAUCAUAAAAAUUUUGAUAUUGGUAUGGGGCAUUGGCAGCCAUAUCAUUUUCAACAAAUUCAACAGAUUCAAAAGCAGUUUUUAGCAUUUGUAAAAAUCAGACUCAAUUAGAAGUUUUAUGAAUAUCAAAGUGUUGUUUUCUAGAAAACACACAAAGCAAAACACAACAACUAAAAACAAAACACACAAAAAAGGAAGAAAAAGGAAUGUCAGUAUAGUAACUUAUAUCUUAGAUGGUUUAAAAUUGACACAAAAAAAUAUUUGGGUGGAAAUCAAGGGUGUGAAUUCUUUUCUGUGAGUGAUAUCUGUGAUUUUUCAUUCUGUAAUCUGUUUAUUGAGAUAUUAUAAAUCAAAUCAGGACAUGUAGGCUUGUCCAAAACACAACAUCAAGACACAAAACAUCAAAACACAUUUUACAAGAUUGUAAAAUUUCAUGUCCUGAYCAAGCCAGGAAUUUGGCUGGAAAUUUGAUUGUAGAUCUAUGUGUAAUCAUAUCUAUUUGCAAAAAUGUUGUCAGAAAAAAAAUGAAAAAAUAAAUGAGAAAAAUUGAAAGAAGAUCAA